AUGAUCAUUCUAGCUUCACUUACCCUUGUUAAUGUUGCUACAUGUGCAGUUCUUCAAACACCAGUGUUACGGCGAAAACCAAAAGCAAUUCAUCUGAUAGCGAGAGAGAGCGAGUCAUACAUGGAUUAUGUUAAGAAACUGAACGUACAACCAGCAGAUCCAGGCAGCGCUGAAGUUAACAUCUACGACAUGUCUGACUUCCAAUAUGCGCAAAGAGUAGCGGUUGGAAAACCUCAACAAGAAUUCCUUGCCUGGAUUUCAGGCGGCGUCUCUAUGCUCAUCGUACCACACAACAACUGUACAGACUCUGCAUGUGAAAAGAAGAACAAAUUUGUACCGGAAAAAUCGAAAACAUUUAAGCCGACGUCGACAGAAUUCAAAAUUAGAUGUUAUGGCGGUCUCAUCACGGGGGUGGCUGGUUCUGAUCAGGUUCACAUCGGAGGCAUGGAAGAGGAACAACUUUUUGCACCAGACAUGACGUUAGGGUUUGCAAAAAGCAUGAGUUCUGCAUUUGAAAACAGUGAAUUUGAUGGUGUACUUGGCUUAUCAUUUUAUGCGACCGAAGGAGCUAAAGGCAAUCCUUUUAUUGCAAGCCUUAUCAACCAACAUUAUCUCGAUAAGCCGAUUUUUACCGCAUGGUUUGCGCAAACCAUAUUUGAAAGUGGAAGAGCAGGCGGUGUGAUGACAUAUGGAGAUUUUGAUACUGUGAAUUGUGGAAAUGUGCUCAGUUACGAAGAACUAUCGUCACCAUACGCCUACCAGUACAAGAUAAUCUCCGUCUCACUUGGCGAGUUUCAAUAUCCAAAACAAAGUGAUGUGGUCCAAGGAUUUGGUACGUGGAUUACAGGGCCAAAACCUAUCCUUGAUCGUUUUGCUGCGGAUGCUGGCGCGAUACAUCAGUCAAGCGGAACGAAUGCUGACCGAACUAGACGAAACAUGUGCAUACAUCGGUCUUCAGCUGAAUCUCCAAAAGAAGAUGUUCAUGCGGAACGGAUGGGUCUUGGAUGCCUCAUUUACGCUCAACGGAACGAACAUAUCCGAAUGCAUCUGUUACGUUUUUCUGGGUCGGGUAAUGAACAUGAUGGACGACUUGACUCUCGAGCUGGGCAGGAGAAAAGGGGAGCGUGUAAGAUCAUCGAGGAUGUAGUGAAGAAGAUCAAGAUCACCCGGCUCCGUGCUCACUUCUUCAACAUCACCGUACUUUCUGCUCUGGCACAUGCUUCACAAACCUGGGCAUUUCGCAACCAGGAAGAAAACGCGGUGAUGCUCAACUGGGAGAGUAAUGCUAGCAGUAUCCCGCCUCACACAAGUGAGAGACGUAUUUCGAGAAUCUCUCCUAUGUCAGCUAUCGAAGAUUAG